AACACAUCGCCAUAAUUUAGAACUAGAUUUAGAACAUGUAUACAGGACCCAUGCGUAUAGUAUACAUGUUGCACGUGUAAACGCGUGUAAUAGCUUCCGGAAUCCGACAUACUUUAAGCUCUAUCCUAGCAACGGUGAUAACAGACAGAACAGAAUGGCUGCAGAAGUUGAAGAGACACUUAAAAGAAUACAGUCACACAGGGGUGUUACUGGGACCAUAGUUGUCAACAGUGAAGGUAUUCCCAUUAAAACAACUCUGGACAAUUCCACCACUGUGCAAUAUGCCAGUCUUAUUCAUAGUUUGACUGCAAAGGCACGCAGCACUGUAAGAGAUAUUGACCCUUCUAAUGACCUCAAGUUCUUGCGCAUUCGUUCCCGUAAGAAUGAGAUCAUGUGCGCGCCUGAUAAGGAGUUUCUUCUCAUAGUCAUACAACAAGAUGAACAAAGCUAAUAGUAGCAACAGAGGAUUCAUCACAUGUUUGUCAAGCUUCCAGUUGAAUCUAAAGGUUGAAUUUUCCCUUUGAUAAGUAGGAAUGGAAAACUCAUGAUUUUAAAGAGAUGAAUGUACUUAAUCCUUAAAAGUGAUUUUAAAAAUUUUUUAAUAUUUUUUUUUUAUUGCUCCAGUUUACAAACUAUAUUUAGUUAAUUGUUUCUUUUUGAAACAGAUUUUGUUUAAAAAUUGUGUAUUCUUUAAUCUUUCUGAGUAUGAGUCUGUGAACAUCUCAUAAUCAAUUUUAUAUUUUUUUAAAAAGAUGACAAAAUUCUUAUCUCAAAGCUAUCAAGAUACUUGUGAUGUAUUCUCUAAGUCAAGCCUCUAAGUCGCUUUAAUGUUUUAUUUUCUUUUAAUCUCUACUUAUACUGUGUACAUAAACUUUUAGCUUUAUUUAAACUGCAUUAAACCAAAUAUUGUAGCUAACUUGUGAGCAUGCUUGGUUGUCUGAAAAAAUGUUUAUAAUAUUUACAACUUAUCGUUGAUGUUUUCCAUCUUUCAGAGAGAUUUAAUUUCAAUUAAACUUGGAAAAAAAAGCUUCACCAUUUUGCUAUAAGUGUGAUUUGUUCUAUAAAAAUAUGCUAAGGACAAUUUUUAUUAACUUUUUAAUCUGUAUUCUGCAUGCACAAUCUUAGAUUUUAAUAAAUAUUUCCUCAUUUU